AUGAAAACUUAAAAGUUCAAUCAAAGAAACAUACAUCACCAAAGUGGGAUUCUGAAGACUAUGAUAUACUAAGCGUUCAAGGCAAUAAUAUUUAUACUAACUAAGAACGAUUUAAUUUUUAUCCUAAACCUCAAGAAGAACAGUAAAAUUAUUAGGGUUAUCAUCAAUAAAUAUAGGUGGAGAUAGUAAAGUUUGAGAAAGACUUCAAAGUAGAGUGAUUUUAUUGACUUAAAAGUAUAAAGCUCAGAUUAAGAAACAACUGAUAAUCCAAUUUUAGCAAUGUAAGAUUGCAUCUAAGAUGAGGAUGGCCUCUUAACUUGCGUUUAUGCAGUCAUGGACAAGAAAGACUACAUUGAACAAAUAGGUAGUACUUUGACAAUCUCUAGUGACACUUUUGGCUCAAUUACGAUUAAAGAUAGUGGAUUAAAGAAGAGUGGUGAUGGUAAAUACUAAGAUGAUAGAGGUAAUACAUUUACCUUUAAAACAGGGGGUAAUGAUGGCUUUAAAAUUAAUAUCGGCAGUGAUAACUCAGUUAAUGUUCAAAAUCCAUCUCCCAUCGUUCAAUCAAGUUUCUAACAGAGAUCACCCCAAUAUAAACUUCGAGACUAUCCGUUUGGCUAUUAUUAUUGA